AUGCAUAUUCCAGUUCAACUGUCUUUAUCACGAAUCAGCUAUGUGACUUCCACACAUUACUGCUUCCAAGGUCCCGAGUAUGAGGAAAAGAACUACACGUCCAUACCGCAACACUCAUAUUGCUUAACACAGACACACGGAGGGAAAGGGAGAGGAAACGGAGAGAAGAAACGCCAAAAAAAUAAACAAAAAAAGGAUGGGAUCUCUUCCCCAUCACCUGCAGCAGCGACGGCCAGCGGGGCACCGUGCACCGGCUGCCCGCGCCGCGCCCCCCGCAGGCCGGGCCCGACGAGCCCCUCGCUGCCCCCAGGCCACCCCGGCGGCACCGCCGCUGCCCCGGGCUGGGCCAGCCCCGGGGGACACCUGCGGCCGCCCCGCCACAAAGCCGCCAGUGCCUCUGUCCCCGCGCCGCCCGCCCGCCCUCGCAAAUCCCCGGCGCCACCGGAGCGCGGCUGCCGGGGAUCAGCGCGGAGCCGCGGCAGCCCCGAUCCUCCGCCGCCCCCACCGCCGCAGCCGCGCCGCGGGUCGGCGCAGGGCGCCCGGCGCCGCCGCCCCGCGGGCGGGGAAGGCGAGGCCAAGGCAGGGGGGCCGCCCGCGCCCCGGGGCGACACCCGCCGGAUCACCUCGGCACCUGCCGAGCGGGGCGACCCGGCCCAGCCGCCCCGGGGCAGGUCCCGCAGGUCGGGGGGCCGGCGGCGCCCCGCGGCCUGGCCCGGUUCUGCGCGGCGAUACGGCCCGGGAGGGACGCGUUACCUGGCCGGGCUCCUGCAGCGCCCGACGCGCUCGCCGUUGGCCGGCGGGGGCUGGGACCCUCCUGGCAGCGCGGCGCGGCACCGCCCCCGCCCCGCUGGGUCGCUGCUCCGCCGCGUCGCCCCGGCGCGGGGAGAAUAA